CUCGCUUUGCGUGACCGCAGCAGGUUGGUCCUGGAGCAGAUGAGCGCAGAAUAUUUAGGCGAAAGCGAGGGGAGGGGGGAGCGCGGGGCAGGAGGAGUACCUCGGCCAAGAAAAUUAUGCAUGCGUUAGGCAAGCUCUGAGAGAAUGGCUGUGGAAGCUCUCCACUGUGGUUUGAAUCCACGGGGUAUUGAUCACUCUGCCCAUGCUGACGGAAUUAAACUGCAAAUUGAAGGCGAAGGUGUAGAAUCUCAAUCCAUUAAAAACAGAAAUUUCCAGAAGGUGCCUGACCAAAAAGGAACCCCCAAGAGACUUCAGGCAGAAGCUGAGACAGCAAAGUCAGCUACAGUGAAGCUGUCAAAACCAGUGGCCCUGUGGACCCAGCAGGAUGUCUGCAAGUGGCUGAAGAAACACUGUCCAAAUCAGUAUCAGAUCUACAGUGAGUCAUUCAAACAACAUGACAUAACUGGGCGAGCCCUGCUGAGACUCACAGACAAGAAGCUGGAGCGCAUGGGGAUCACCCAGGAGAACCAGAGACAGCACAUCCUGCAGCAGGUGCUCCAACUGAAGGUUCGGGAAGAAGUUAGAAACCUGCAGUUACUCACACAAGAUAAUAAUGGUGAACGACAACUCCCAGGAUACAUUAGGGAAUCACUGUUCAGGAGCAUACCCAUACCUCGGCGGAGUGUUCUCCAUAAUCAUGUGAGCCUUGCACUCUGGUGUCCUGCCAGGAUGAGCAUGGCCUGUUCCCCAGAGAAAGACUGACUCAUGGCCCUGCCAGAAGAGAUCCUUGGAGCACUGACCGAUUAACUGAAUUAACUGAGAAAACGCCUAGUCAGUCAAGAUUAUGAACAUUGUGGGAAAAGUCUUAGUUUGCUCUGGAUUUUCAAAUGAGGUGCAUAACAUACAGUGCCAACUCGUUCCAAGUGGUCAUUGGCAGACCAUCAGCUGGAAAUUGGCUUCCAGUUUUCAUCACUGUGCAUAACUCAAGUUCCCCUUGGGCUCCAUCUGUGCCCUUCACUUCAAGUCCUGUUUUAGCAUGGCAACCACUGGAUUAUUUCAUUAAGUGUGCAGAUGGCAUGAUGUUCUAGAAAAAAAUACAAGAGUUCUGUAAUCUCAGUGGAAGGAUCCAAAAUAGUGUGCCCUAGUAAGAAUGUAAACAUGUCUAGACUAUGUUAGUGACAAUGUCCAAAGGUGUUCUCUCCAACGCUGCAGCACUUUAUAUAAGAACACUACACUGAGAUGAAAUAGCACAUUUGAUACAUGUAGAAAAACAAGUGUUUUCUCUUUUCUUUAUAAAUCUUGUCUUAUUUCUGGCUCAGACUGUCCAAGACCAACUCUGCUCCUAAUAUCCUCACAGUUGUUUGUGGUAGCUCAUUGUAAAUAAAUAUGGCCACAAUACUGUUAGACUUCACCUGUUGACACUUAACUGGAUACCUGGAUUACUUAGAGCACAAAGGGAAGUAGACCUAAGCCUGGUGACUGGAAUAUUUGAAGUAUUGGUUCUUUGUACGCAGGCACAACUUAACACAUGACAUAUGGAUACUCUGUACAGGAUGCUUCUCUUUGGCUGAUGUAUACAUACCCUUGUCCCAUAGAGGAGAUCUUCCAAACAAAAAAGAGGAUGGCCUUCUUUCCAUCAAAGACCAUUGUGGAUUGCUGCCAAGGGCAGCAGAAUGCAAUCUCCCUUAGUGGUUCCACUUCCACACUUAGGAAAUCUUCCCAAGGUCAAGUUUAAGUCACAGUUCUGGAGAGAAUGACCUCCACUGUGUGCCAAGAGAAGUAACAGUUUCAGCCCACGCAAGGUUUCUUCCUCAGCAUGAAAAUUAUUCUUCCUUUUAAUACCUCCUGGAAUGUACAUAUGACUUAUUUCUUUUUAAUUCUCAAAACAAAGCACAGUCCUGGGAAACCUGUCCAUUCAGUGGUGGCUUACCUGAACACUAAGGAAGUGUUCAUGUCUAUGGGUUUCCCCCCCUUGUGAUACAUUAACAUUUUGCCCUGGAAAUAGAAACUUGGCUGAAUCAAAAUCUCAGCAAAGUAUGUGAUGAACACUCCUUCGCCUAACCCAAGAACAACAGGAAUCAGAGACUAAUCUUUAAAAUACAUGUAACAACCUGGAUCCCUCCCAUAAGCAACCAAGACAUGUUGUGUUAUCUCCAAACAUUCAUUGUCUGUCUCCACUUGUAGUCUUAAUAAGUGGAAAGAGCUAAAUGUGAUACACAUAGGGUAUCUCUCUACAUGAUGGCUCCUAUCAGGAUGUAGGCUAGAGAAGAGACUCCUAAUAGCAAAGUCAGAAAAAUGAUGGUUACUAUGAAAUCUGGACUUUUUAUCACCAGAUCACCAUCAGAACCAUCUAAGCCACCAGACCAUAAUUCUCCAAGAAGCUGGAAUUGAUCAUCCAAACCCAGCUUCCAUCCCUAUGACUCAUCCAUGUUCCCUAGUUCCCACAGCAGGGUUUACAUGCCCUCCAUUCCUUCUUUUCAUUCAACAGCCAUCUGUUGAGGGACCCCCAUCAUGUGCCAACAACUAUACUGGGUCCACUCUGGUAUAUAAAGCCUAUUCUUCCUGCUUCUAUUGAAUCAUUUCUUUUUCUCAGCACUCCCCUCUUUUCCUACAGUACAAACUGAAUUGACACACCCACCCACACUCAUCCCCUUCACCUUGCCACAGAAACACAGGAAAAUAUUUGUGGCAGACAGCAGGUAGAUCUCUUGCCUGAAUGAGUGGGCAGCUUCAUAACAUAUACACAAUCUUGUUAAAUGGCCAGCUAAAUUGAUCAGAGCUCUCAGCAGCUCUUUGUGGCUUUCCUUGAUGCCCACCUCAGUCCCUAUACUUCCAUUCUUUCUAUAGAUACUACUAUUUACCACUACACUGGAUUCUCUGGAAUGCCAAUUCCAUAACUACUCGUAAAGGCCCAGAAUUGGUUCUAAUGAAUCCUAUAAAUCCUGCCAGGUGCUGAGAUAUUGUAGCUGGGAAUUAACUGGUAUAGUCAGUGAUAUUCUGAGACUCCUGCUAACACCCUUGGAAAAAUUGACUCACAUUAUAGUGCAGAUGUCCAUUAAAUGUUCAUGGGCUAUUGCUAUUUUGCCUUUUGCAAAAUAAUCUGAACAAUUAAAAGAGAGUUGCCUCCUUUUUUCUAAGUCAGAGGAAUACUGUGACAUUAUUGAAAGAUAAUGGGUAAAGAUGGAAAUGGGAAAAGGCAAAAUGAAGGACCUUAAAGAGCCCAGUCGAAAAUGGUGUCUCUAAAUAUGCCUUAAUGCUUGGCACAACCUACAUAUCUGCAUAUGAGCCCAUACUGUUUUCCAAACUGUCGACCUCUGUUUGAAAUCAUUAUAGGUUAGGAAACAUGGUGGUACAAAAUCUGUGCAGGCACUAGCAAAACCAAAAAAAAUGAAGAAAUGAUUUCCUUCACAACCUCUAGCUUCCUUGUUGUAUGGAAAUGCUUUAUGAGAUUGCCCCAUGGUUCCUUCUUGCUGUGCUGUGUAUGUUGGGGUGGCAAGGUGAACUUUUAUCUUACCGAAAUCCAGACACGUCUAUGAUGAGUUUUGGUUCAUAGGACAUAUAUAUCAGGAGCGAAGGGGUAAAUUCCUUGCUACCUAAAGACUGUAAAUCAUUGAGGCUUAAUUUUUUCCUUUUACUUAAAUGUGUGCUGCCCCUUUUACGAAAAGGCUGACACUCACAACUAUACAGAAAAGACACUCUUGGGUAUGAACUGAAAUGAACAAUUACCAGGCUCUCCAGGGUGCUGGGAGGAUUAGCUUCAGAUCCAGAACCGAAUUUAAAUAUGCAGAGCAAAUCAUGCCAGUAGCUUGGGACUUGCCUUAGGAAUGAUAGAGACCCUAUCAACUUUCUUUAAGGGACGUGUCUUACCUUCAAAUCCCCACCAUAGCUCCUUGACAUGUACAGCCACCACUUUGAUUUCUACCUCCACAACACUGGUAAACAUGCCAGGUUCUCUCCAGAGUCACUCUGCAGCUGCCCAAACAGAGGCAUACAGUCCUCAGCACUGAGGGGAAACAGGCCAUUUUAACAUUCAAGGUGGGGAGGGGUUAGGGGGAGAUCAAGGAUGCCUGUGAAUAUAAAGUAAGAUAAGAACCUCUACCCAAUCCACCCCACACACCCUAAAUGCUUUUUUUUUUCUUUUUGUCUACAAAUGUUGCAUAAUUAGUUUUGGAUAGCAACAAUAAAAGUCUCAAGGAAAUAAAGUUUUCAAGACACCCCUAACGUUUUUUUUUUUUAAAUCAAAACCUCUUUCCCACACACUAGCAGGUUUUGCGAUGUUUUCUUCUGUGUUCUUUAGAGUAAUUUUGCUACUUGACAACUAGACUUAAAGCUGCCAUAGGCUUAAAAUUGUAAUCUUUGAAAGUGACAAAAAUUGCUUUAUUCUUUAAAGGCUGAUUCUAUUCAUCACCUCUCCCACAGCCUCCUCCAUCCCAUUUUUUGCUUUAUUUUAUGUGUGAUUCUUUUUCUUCUCAUCUCCUUCUCUUCACAUAAUGCUGUAGGUAUAUUUCAAAGUAUUCUAUAAAGAACUCAAGCAGAAGCACAUAGUCCUCACCACCACCCCCACCCUGACUAUUAAUUCAGUCUUAAGGUUGACCUUGAUGCAAUCCAAGCAGUAGUGGGCCCCCAUUUCAUCUCCAGAAAGUCACUGGCCCAUGCUGAUCCUUAAAACAGCAUCAGUGGAAUUAGAGAGGAGAACAGGACAGGAGGAGAUAUAUCUACUAGAGCACAGCUGAGGACUCUAUUUCAAAGGCAAGCAAGCCUCCACCUCAAUCUCCUUAGAUCUGGUUCUAAUCCCAGAGCCAGAGAAUGGUCCUGUGAACUUUGGUUUAUCACAAAACAGAAUUCCUAGCAGCUUCAAGAUAAAAGAAGGCCGAUUCUGUUACUUCCCUCCAGUGAUGAUUGUUAGCUGGGAUACAGAAUACUCCUGAAAGUUCCUGCUGAGGGAAACAGUGACCUUUGUGGCACUGACUGAGGGCUGAGUACCAAUGCAGACACUUCUGUCCAUCCCUGUAGUUUCAGAGGCAAAAUCCUGAGUGAGGAAGUGGGAAGGAACACACUAUGUCCAAACUCUUAAAGUGUGUAGCAUGAAAUCUAGGUGACAAAAUGAAAAGGGGAGAGACCAUUAGGAUUGGACCAGUGCUGGUCCCUGCUUCAAAUCAAAUGACCAAGGAAUGACUUCUACGGAACAGUGGAACCUGGUCAUGCAAGGUUUUAUAAAGAGGACAUUUGAUUGACCAGAUAAGGUGACAUAAGAACCUUAAGCAUCCAAGAAUCCACCCAUCAAAACCCCCUCCUCAUUAACAACAUUUGUAGUGUAAACAACACUACAAAUCUGCACUGGCUACUGUUUAAAAGUCACUGGUGACAGGACUCACACCAAAUCACAAUUCAACUGACACAAUGGUGCCAAAUGUUGGGCUUUUGAUAUUCUUUUUGAUCAUAUAAAAGUUUUCAAAUUUUGGAACUGAAAUUUUGGAGACUUGGUUCAAUCAAUAGUUUUAUUGUUGUUUUCCAAACCUUAGAACUUUCUAGUAGCCUUAGAAAGGAUCUUAGAAGUGGACCUUUCUGCCUAAACUGUCUAGUGUUUGCAUUUCAGCUCUGCUCAAAUGCUCAGGAAUCUAUUGAGCUGGGCAGUGGUGACACACAUUUUAAUCCCAGCACUCAAGAGGCAGAAGCAGUUUGAUCUCUGAGACCAGCCUAAUCUACAGAGCAAGGUCCAGAACAGCCAGGCCUCCAGCAACCCUGUCUGGAAAAAUCAAGAGAGAGAGUGUGUGUGAGGGUGUAGGGGAGAUACUAAUGCCACCUUGUUUGCUGUCGUUUAGGAUUCAGUCAUUUAGAUCAAAGGAAAUAAAGAAUUAAAUCAAAUUUUUGAAUAUUAGCAUAGACAUAACUAUCAAAUGUAGAUCUGUUUUGAUUGGUUUUAAAGAACACACAAAUCUGUUUGGAAGAGUUGGAUUGAAUUACUAUCACUCCUCAAGUUCUAUGAAAAUAUAUUAAAAGACUUUAUGCUGAAACAAAAAAUUCUUAUUUUAAUAGAUCAUUAUUUCACUUGGGAAGGAGAAACUAAUUUUGCCUCCAAUUUAAUACCUCAGCCCCUUACAGGUUGCUUCUAUCUCACCCAUAAACUGAGCAUGUUCUGCUGCCUUCUCCUCAAAAGUGACUCCAGCUUCUAAAAUAACACAAAGGCCAUGAAGAGACCUAUGAAAUACACUAGAUAGACUCCAUGUUCAAGCACAAAAAUAGGGUUUGGAAUUUGAGUGUUGUCAUAGUCCUUGGCUUGAAGAUUGUUGAGUUAAAUGUACAUUGGAAACUGACCACAGACUCAGGAAGCUUUGGACAAUUUCCAUGUCUGAAUCCCAUACAUUUACUUCAAGAUAAGCCUGUGUUUCCUCACAUAUGAGUUGCAGAGGUGAGGUGUGUGCCAAUUCUUCUACAUGUUAAAAAGGCCUCUGUUGGAGUGAGGAAUGUAGUUAAUUUGCUAGUGUUUUCAUACCAUGCACAAAGCCCUAAGUUGGAUCCCCAGCAUCACAUAAACCAGUAGAGUGGUCCAUGCCUCAAAUGCCAGUACUUGAGAGAAAAGGGACAAGGGAGAAUCAAGAGUUCAAGGUCAUCCAGGGCUGCAUAGCAAUUUUUUUGAGGCUAAUCUGUACUACAUGAGAUCCUGUCUCAAAAGAAAAAAUAAUUAAUGUUAAAUAGACCCUGGUUACUGAUGGAAACCUUGAAGGUCAUGUUAGUUGCUGCUGGUGGCUAUUGAUGUUCAAAUUUCUAGAGCCUUGUCUUUAACCUUCUUCGGUUGGUUGAUUAUUUUUGAAACAGUGCUGGGAAUUAACUCCAGAGCUCUGCCAUGCUAGCCAAGUUUUCUUCUACCCAUGAGUCACAGCCUCAAGCCAUCACUUUCAUGUUUCUCCCAGUCCUACCUCAGAUCAUUAGCAACUGAAGCCUUAGCUUCUGUGAGGGUGUUUACCCCACAGGGGAAGGAGGACUUCUGCUUGCUUGUACUGGCGCUGGGCAAUAGGAGGGCUCCAUCUUUCCUCUCCCAGCCAGAGAGCUAUGUCCUGAGAAGGUUAGGCUGGAGGAGGUUGGUGUUCAUCUAGUAAAAGAAAUUCACAUUGCGAGAACUAAAUAAACAGGGCCCUUUCGUUUGCAUUGUGCAUCUCAGUGGUGACUAGAGCAGAAGAAACCAGUCUGCUGAAAAACCAAGGCAGCUCAAAUGUUUUGAAAAUAAUUCUAUGGAAACUCUUGUGCCACUGAAUCACCCUACUGUAGUUUUAGUUCAUCUGACUACUUAAUAUUAUUAGGCGCUAAGUUAAAUAGCUUUACAAGAAAGUUUCGAAAAGAUAGAUAUUGUAACAAAAUUACAGAUUAGCAGUAAAGAGCAUCUGAGGAAAGAAACUAUCUGUCUGUUGUGGUUUAUAUACUAAAGUUAUUCUUGGGACUUUGUAGAGAUUGGCACUUCGAUGAUAAAGGGGAAGAAACUGCUCUGAAUUCAAGAAUGGUGGACUAAUAGCAAUUGCCCAGGUCUGGGAUCCUUUCUGUCGUCAGCAGACAGGGUUGUUUUGAGGACUAGAAGGGGCUAAUAGGGAAAGUUGCUUCAUAUCACAUAUCUGUGUAUAAUUGUCAUGGCAAACUGGGUAUGGACCUUGUUAAUGAUACUGUUCCUCAUUUUUGGCUUUUUCUUCAAAACUCUCAUCAAUCCUACACUCUGGGAUUAAAAGAGGAAAAGAAAGAAUGAAGAGAAACUGAAAUAUAGUAUUUUAUACGUGUGUGUGUGUGUGUGUGUGUGUGUGUGUGUGUCUGCUUGUGUUCAUAAACAUACAUACACAUGAAUAGUUGUACUGUCAUGCACACACAAACACAGCUUUUUCAAAGAAAUGGCAAAUAGUCUGAAGAGCCUUUAGUGACAGCAUCCACUUGUCUCCAUUCCCCCUCUCCAAGGUUCAGAGAACAAUGGCCUACCCAGAGAUCAGUACAGUUAAGACUACCAACCUUCAUAUUGAACAAGGCCGCAGAACAUGUGCAGUUAGCAUGCUGAGGGCAUCAAUAAUUACAUAGGCAUGGUAGAUUAUUUUUUAAUCAGGAGCUAUUGCAUGUUAGUAUUUGUUCUAGGAAAGAAUGAAGAAAAAAAUCAUAUGGUAUGAAUUAAACUGAGAGGCUGAGGGGGUGAGGGGGCCGUUCAGUGGUGGAAUAACAAAUAAUAAAAAAAGGUUCAUUCUUUGACCAUAUGAUUAAAAAGCACAUUCUAUAACAGUGAUCUAUGGAGAUUGUAGACAUUAUAGUGUCCUUAAGUACAUAGCAAGUCUUAAUUGUGUUGGUAUCCCAAGGCUUGUUCAUUAAAUAGGAAUCCGCUUAUGCACUACCCACAAUUGUCCUGCUGUUCUUUUCUUCUUUCUUUUCUCUUCCUUUUUUUUUUGUUCACCUGUUCCUUUCUUUCUUCAUUUAUCUAUUUCUUUUACUCUAGAAACGGUCCCAGGCCCAGACUUAGAAAGACACAACAACGUUAUGUGGCGAAAGCAAGAGUGCCUUUUCCAUUGGAUGUCCACAUUGCUCCCGGGCUCCACGGUAUCAGAUGUUUAGAAACUUUUCUUCUCUAAACAUAAGACUUAUUCUGCACCACAAUCUUGAGCCACCGACUUAUGUAUCUUGAGCAGCUACCAACUUGCCCUUUGGGUCUCCUUUAUAUUUUCUUAGAGUAUUUCUUUCUAUUUUGGGUUUUCGUCAAGAAGACUGGGGAGGGCAUGAUUCUUUUUAAAUUGGUAAGAAUAAAGCUGUACAGAUUUCUGCCCACUUGUAUCCUUAAGCAUGAUCUCUAUCAGGCUUGAAAAUCAGCUUUGUCAUUUUGUAUAUUUGACUAUUUUGUAUUUGGCAUUAUUCUCUUCCUUAUAUGCAUGGCAAUGUAUUAAAAUGUGGGAUUUCUAUUACCGUG